AACCUCACCUUUCUCACCACCUUUGAGCUGAAACAAUAGUCAAUGGAGUCCACAAAACUUUCUUCACCAGUUCCUACAAAUCAGUUCAAACAAACCACUAUCAUACUCCUCUCUGAUUCUCUUUAUUUCCAUUCGCUGCAAGGCGCUAGCAAGCUUUUUAUUUUGUCAAUGGAAGCUUAAAUCUUUUCUCCAUGUUUGAAUAAACUUUUGAUGUCCUGUGUUGAGGAAGGAGCAAAAUUUAUAGAGGCUUCAAAGAAUGGGAACUUGAUUCCUCUCUUUCAGUGCAUAUUCUCUGACCAACUUACUCCUGUCCUUGCUUACCGAAUUUUAGUCAAGGAAGACGAUCGAGAAGCUCCAAGCUUUCUUUUUGAGUCUGCAGAGCCUAGCUAUCAUGCUUCAAGUGUUGGACGCUAUAGUGUUGUGGGGGCUAACCCAACCAUGGAAGUUGUGGCCAAAGAAAAUAAGGUUACAAUAAUUGACCAUGAAUCUGGAAAUUUAAUUGAGAAAACUGUUGAUGAUCCUAUAAUGGUUCCCAAAACAAUCUCAGAGGGCUGGAAACCCUGUUUCAUUGAUAAACUUCCGGAUGCAUUCUGUGGUGGCUGGGCUGGUUAUUUCUCCUACGACACAGUUCGUUAUGUGGAAAAGAAAAAGCUACCAUUCUCAAAGGCUCCAAAGGAUGAUAGAAACCUUGCUGACAUACAUCUUGGUUUAUAUGAGAAUGUGAUUGUGUUUGACCAUGUGGAAAAGAAAGCAUAUGUGAUUCUUUGGGUAAGGACUGAUCGGUACCCCUCAGUUGAGAGUGCUUACAAGGAUGGAAUGGAACGAUUAGAAAAAUUGGUGGCCAAAUUACAAUAUGGCCAACCUCCAAGGUUGGCUCCAGGCUCUGUGGAUUUACACACUCACCAUUUUGGUCCACAAUUGAAGAGGUCAAGCAUGACUAAAGAAGCAUACAAGGAGGCAGUCCUUCAGGCAAAAGAGCAUAUUAAAGCAGGAGAUAUUUUCCAGAUUGUGUUGAGUCAGAGAUUUGAGCGAAGAACAUUUGCUGAUCCAUUUGAAAUUUAUAGAGCAUUGAGAGUUGUGAAUCCAAGUCCAUAUAUGGGCUAUUUGCAGGUUUAUUUUUCUGUGACAUCUGAAAAUGCUUCCUUCACUGUUCAACUCAUUUCAUCUUCUGAUGACAAUCUUUUUGCUAAACAGGCCAGGGGAUGUAUUUUAGUUGCUUCAAGUCCAGAGAUUCUUACGCGUAUAAAGAAGAAUAAGAUUGUGAACCGUCCAUUGGCUGGGACAGCUAGAAGGGGGAAAACACCUGAAGAAGAUGCAAGGUUAGAAUCGUUACUUCUGAAAGAUGAAAAGCAAUGCGCAGAGCAUGUGAUGUUGGUGGAUUUGGGACGCAACGACGUUGGAAAGGUUGCGAAAAGUGGUUCUGUGAAAGUGGAGCAACUCAUGAAUAUUGAACGAUACUCCCAUGUCAUGCACAUUAGCUCAACGGUUGCUGGAGAGUUGCAAGAGCAUUUGAGUAGCUGGGAUGCCCUGCGUUCUGCACUACCUGUGGGAACUGUGAGUGGAGCACCAAAGGUGAAGGCGAUGGAGUUGAUUGAUGAGUUAGAGGUGACAAGGCGAGGGCCUUACAGCGGAGGAUUUGGAUACAUCUCUUUCUCCGGCGAGAUGGAUGUGGCUCUUGCUCUGAGGACAAUGGUGUUUCCGACUGGAACAAGGUACGACACAAUGUACUCAUACAAAGAUCUCAACCAACGCCGUGAGUGGAUUGCAUACCUUCAAGCCGGUGCUGGUAUAGUUGCUGACAGUGUCCCUGAAGAUGAACACCAAGAGUGUCAAAACAAAGCUGCUGCUCUUGCUCGUGCCAUUGACUUGGCUGAGUCCUCAUUUGUUGAUAAAUGACGAAUCAAUGCUUCGUUGCAUACAAACUUGAUGGAGUUUCAUUUAGAUAGGUUAAUAAAUGAGCAUCACUGUCUUUCAACAAUCAUGUGAAUGUGGAGGGAGGUGUAUGUUUCUACAAAAAGCAAACUCCAUCAAAGGAAUGAAAUACUUGAUUGCAUAUAAA